UUGGGGCGGCAGUGCGCCGGGCGGCGGGCGGGAGAGCUGCCAGGCUGACGGAGAGGCCGGCCCGAGAGGGGGCCGCUCGGUCGCCGCCGCCGCCGCCGCCGCCGCUGUGAUGCGGAGCCCGCGCUGCGCGGGGCGGUGGAGUCAGAGCCCGGGCGCGGGAGCACGAGCUGCAACAUCGGCACCGGCGGCGGCGGCGGCGGCGGCGCCUGCACCGGCUCCCGGGCCCCGCGCUGCGCUCUCCGCCCCGCCGCGCUCGGGGCCGCCGCCCCGCGCUCUCUAUGGAUGUCAAGGCGGCCCCCAACGGGGUGGCCACUAUCGAGGACCGGAUCCUGAGGAUCACCGGCUACUAUGGCUAUUACCCGGGUUACUCCAGCCAGAAAAGUACCUCCAGAUCAUCAGUCACGCGAUGUAAACCAGGAGCCAACUGCCCCAGUUCACACAGUGGCAUCAGUAGACAACUGUCCCCUCUGUCUGUCACAGAAGAUUCCUCUGCUCCUAUUCUUGAACUUCAGAGCCGAGGAUCCUCAGGAGUUUGUGGACAUAGAGUUGAGAGACAGAACAGAUCAGCGGACGAUGGGACACAGACUCAUUCUGAGAACAGCAGCCAAGAAAACAGAAUCAAGGCUCGCUGCCUGUCCUGCACGGCCAUGGUUCUGAAGGCCAUCUGGGGACUCUUAAUCAUCUUGUCAGUAUCAUCGUCUUGGGUUGGAACCACACAGAUUGUAAAAAUUACUUAUAAGAACUUCUAUUGCCCAUUUUUCAUGACUUGGUUUUCAACAAACUGGAACAUUAUGUUUUUCCCAGUCUAUUACUCUGGUCAUCUGGCCACUGCUCAAGAAAAGCAAUCUCCAAUGAAAAAAUUCAGGGAAUGUAGUCGGAUUUUUGGUGAAGAUGGUCUGACAUUGAAGCUCUUUCUUAAAAGAACUGCUCCCUUUUCUAUUCUAUGGACUUUGACUAAUUAUCUAUAUUUACUGGCUUUAAAGAAGCUGACGGCCACGGAUGUCUCUGCUCUGUUCUGUUGUAACAAAGCCUUUGUCUUCUUGCUGUCGUGGAUUGUGCUGAAAGACAGGUUCAUGGGAGUAAGGAUAGUUGCUGCAAUAAUGGCCAUUACUGGCAUCGUCAUGAUGGCGUAUGCAGAUAAUUUCCACGCUGAUUCGAUCAUAGGAGUGGCAUUUGCAGUGGGCUCAGCCUCUACAUCUGCAUUAUAUAAGGUUUUGUUUAAAAUGUUUCUUGGAAGUGCCAACUUUGGCGAAGCCGCACACUUUGUCUCAACCUUGGGCUUCUUCAAUUUGAUCUUCAUCUCCUUCACCCCAGUCAUCUUGUAUUUCACCAAAGUGGAGCACUGGUCUUCUUUUGCAGCUCUGCCGUGGGGCUGUCUCUGUGGGAUGGCAGGGCUGUGGCUGGCCUUCAACAUCCUGGUGAACGUCGGUGUGGUGCUGACAUACCCAAUCCUAAUCUCCAUUGGGACAGUGCUCAGCGUUCCUGGAAAUGCAGCUGUGGAUCUCCUGAAGCAGGAGGUGAUAUUCAACGUGGUCCGCCUGGCUGCUACCAUCAUCAUCUGCAUUGGGUUUCUGCUGAUGCUGCUGCCUGAAGAGUGGGAUGAAAUUACCCUCAGAUUCAUCAACAGUCUCAAGGAAAAGAAGAGUGAGGAGCAUGUGGAGGACGUGACUGAUGCCAGUGCACACCUGCGAGGCAGAAGCAGAGCCAAUGGGACAGUGUCUAUACCACUGGCCUAGAGAGGGACACACGUCGAAUGCACGCGUAUGUAUAUUCUGUGAAUAUAACAAACUUUUCUCACUACUUGUACACUCAGAUGACAGUAUUAACUCUGAAUUUGGAUAAAUCAUAUGUGGAAUCAUGCCAACAAUAAAAGUUUACAUUUAUAUGCUUAUCCAGGAGUUGAUGUAAAUAAUCAUAAUAAAAUUUUUUUAUUAAAACAUAUUUGUCCU